AUGUCCGAUAUUAACACAACUCUCCUCAACUCAAUUCAAAAGAUUGAGGUUGAUCUUGCUGAAAUCAAGCAAGCAUUGCGCGAGCUUCAAAGGCAAUUCAGCAAUCAAUUUGUGCCAGCAGUCAGUGCGGAAGAUCUAACUACAAUGCAACAAAGCAUUAUUGAGCAGAGUUCUCUUGAGCACAUUGCCAAGUCUGUGAAAAAAGCCCAGCUCACAGAGUACCCUGAUCAGCUCGGCCAUACGGUAAAGCAUGAUAUCAUUGACAAAGACUUUCCUGCGGCCUCAAAAGAAUGGAAGAAUAUCCCAGAGAAAAACAGGGAAUACUACAUGAUGCAUUUGGAGAGCUUCAAGAGUGACAACCUGACACACAAGAGAAGAAUGGCAGAGAAGAACAAAACACAGCAAGACAUAAGUUAUUCUUCGCUUUCUUCUCCUGAUAUGUCAGAAACUGGUGAUGUUGAGUCGCCCAUAAUGGCAGAUGUGCUAGUAAAUGCUUAUUUUACUGAACAAGUAAGCACAUUAUAUAAAGAAAUUGACCAUUCUGUUAAAGCUGCAAAGGAAAAACAAGAGGUUGUGCUAGAAUUGAAAGCAAUAGAACAAAAGAAAGAAUGUAAUAGAGGAAAGGAAGGACGCUUGAUUUUUUUUUGA